UAACCCUCUGCCCACCGUCGGGUAGAUGGACGGAUGGACGGAGCCGGGUAGACCUGUCCGCGCUGUGAUCGCUGGGGAAGCGGCCUCAGAGCGUCCCACACCGCUCCGGUGACAGCGUGGGAGCACCCACACACCCACGACGCGCCAUGGGGGACUGGAGCCUGCUGGGGAGGCUGCUGGAGAACGCCCAGGAGCACUCCACGGUGGUGGGGAAGGUUUGGCUCACCGUCCUCUUCGUCUUCCGCAUCCUGGUGCUGGGGGCGGCCGCGGAACGGGUGUGGGGUGACGAGCUGGCCGGCUUCUCCUGCGACACGCAGCAGCCCGGCUGCCAGAACGCCUGCUACGACAGCACCUUCCCCAUCUCCCACCUGCGCUUCUGGGUCCUGCAGAUCAUCUUCGUCUCCACCCCCAGCCUGGUGUACCUGGGCCACAUCCUGCACCUGGCGCACCUGGAGGAGAAGGCGCAGCAGCAGGCGGCGGCGCGGGGUGGCGGCGGGGCCCGGCGGCAGCAGGGACAGCCCCGGAUCCCAACACGGGACACCUGGGGCCGGGUCCGCAUGCGUGGGGCCAUCCUGAGGACGUACGUCUGCAGCGUCAUCUUCAAGGCUCUCUUUGAGACGGGCUUCAUUGCGGGGCAGUACGCCUUGUACGGGCUUGAGCUGAAACCCCUCUACACCUGCAGCCGCUGGCCCUGCCCCAACACCGUCAACUGCUACAUCUCCCGGCCCACCGAGAAGACCAUCUUCAUCCUCUUCAUGCUGGGGGUGGCCUGCGUGUCUCUGCUGCUCAACCUGGUAGAGAUUUACCACCUGGGCCUCACCAAGUGCCGGCAGCGGCCACGUCCCAGAUCCCGCAUCCUGCCCGGCCCUGGUGGCCUUGCGGGGUCACACGGUGCCCGCUUCACCUUGCCUGGUGGUGGCAACCCCAUGGAUGCCAGCAGACCCCACCUGGCACCCCUGGGGAAGGCUGGUGCGUGGCUGGGGGUGGCCAGCGGGUCCCGUGGGAAGGCGCGAGCUGGGGACCUGGCAGUGUGACCGCAGCUGGUGCCUUCCAGGAUGCUCGGGGAUGGGCGAUGCGUGGGCUGCUGCGCUGUGCCAUGGUGGCCACAGUUGCGGUUCCCAUCUCCAGGACCUGCCAGGCCUGUGGUGCAGACCCCACGGCCAGGAUGAGAGCUGAGCGUGGCCUGGGAGCAGCAGGACCAAGCCGGGGCAGAGGCAAACCCCACCACCCCAACCAUCGGCCCUGAGGAGCAAAUAAACACCCCCUGCACCUCA